UCAGGUAAGUUUAGGCAUUGAAUUAUUUUCAUGAUAUGAAAAUAAGUAGUCAAUUUUCAUGUUCCUUUUAUUUAUUCAUUUUAUUAUAUUGGUUUUCUUUUGUUUGGCGUUGUAAAGAAUUUCAUGUUGUGUGUGGUAGAUUGGGAAAACAAAGGUAUUUUUAAGAGCUGGGCAGAUGGCUGAACUAGAUGCAAGAAGAAGUGAAAUCUUGGCUAAUGCAGCAAGACGAAUACAAAGACAAAUCCGAACAUAUCUAACCAGAAAGGAAUUUAUUUCCCUAAAAAGAGCUACAAUAAAUAUGCAGAAAUAUUGGAGAGCCCAACUUGCACGAAAGCAGUAUGAACAAAUGAGAAGGGAAGCUGCUUCAAUUCGCAUACAGAAACACCAGCGUACCCAUAUGGCAAGAAAAUUCUACACAAAACUACAGGCAUCUGCAAUUGUUAUCUAGACUGGAUUACGAGCAAUGG